GAAGCAAUCAAGCUCCAUAUCCAAUUAUUUAUAGACAGGACAUAGGCCCACAAAGGAGCUGCAUAUGAUUGCCAAGAGCCCAAUCGCCUAGAGAAUCUCAUUGCUCUUUGCAUAGGACACAUCUCCGUGGCUCAUGUUCCUUUCAUACUGACAUGGCAUUUGCAGCUUGUCAAUUUGUUGCAAGGGUUAUUUUUCCCACCACCAAGCUCACGAGGGCCAGGUGCAGUGCAUCACAUUAAUGCAUAUACUAUUAUAUAUAUUAUGCACAAUGCAAAUGCACAUGAUAAUAUUAGUCAACACUGUUGGCAAGGUCACAAGCUUUCCAGUCUACCGCAGGGACUCUGUGGUGAUGAGCUCCAUACUGGUAACUAGACACAACAAAAUCCGAAGCAGCAAUGGCUAUCCAUACACUCAAGGCACCAUCCGCCAUUUUGGAACAUGAAAAUGCCCAGCGCUGCUGCAACAACAAAAAAUGUUGUUGACCUGUUAUCUAUGAGCUCAGCUGAUGGAAGGUCAGGCAGUCACAGACCGCCAGGAAGCAAGAUAAGCAUCUUGACUCUGACCUUCUCUUUCAAUAAUCAGAUUGAGGAGCAUAGAUUGGAAGGUUGCGUCUUGUGCACUUAAACCUCAACAACUGUCACACGCUUGCCCAUAUCC